UAGAAUAGUCAGCUCCUACCUUGACCGAAUGCUUCUUUUUCUCUUUCUCUCUUUCCAUAUUACUACUAUUUAUAUACAUUAAAAAAAGAAGAAAUAAAUAUAGAGAAAGAUCAAGAUAAGCCAUCAACUCCGCACCAGUUUCGCCCACGAACCAGCCUUCAUUUCAGUGCCUCAACUAACUUUACACCUAUCUCUCUUCUUCUUCUUCAAUUUCCAUUUUUAUCAGAAAACCAUGGAGUACUGCAUGGCAGCAAGAGCCCUGAAGUCGAGUUUACGAAGUGAUAUGAUGAAAUCAUCAACCACGACGACCACCCAACAAUUUUUCUUUGAUGAUAUGUUCAGUAAUUCGAAUAACACUGUUGUUGAAGACUUCUCCGUUGAUUGUUUCUUUGACUUCUCUAAUGGUGGAGAAUUCAAAGACAGCGGCAGCACUGCUGCUUUUAAUAAUAAUGUUCAAGAGCAGCAGCAGCAGCAACAGCACAUGAUAGAUGCAGUAGAAGAGGAGGAAGAUGACGAUGAUGAUGAAGAAGAAGAAGAAGAGAAAGAUUCUCUUUCUGUUUCCUCUCAAGACCGUAGUGGUGUAGAUGAUGAUAAUAACUCUAAUUCUAGUACUUUUGAUGAAUCUUUUCUCACCAGCGAACUUGCAGUGCCUAUUGAGGAUUUGGCUGAACUUGAAUGGGUUUCUCAAUUUGUUGAUGAUUCUUCACCAGAGUUCUCUCUUUUGUACCCUUUGAAUUCAGAAGAUCACCAUACGAGGAACCGGUUUCAACCAGAACACCCCAAACCGGUUGCUUUAACCAAACCUUCAUGUCUUUUUCCGGUCAAAAUUCCAGCCAAGCCUAGAUCAAAACGAACCAGGCCCACCGGCCGGACAUGGUCCGUUGAGUCCCUGCUUACAGACUCAUCAUCAUCCUCAUCUUCUUAUUGUUCUUCUUCUCCAAUAUCAUCGUCCGCUUCAACGCCUUGCUUUGUUACGGUUCAAACAAUUGACUCGUUACCCAGUUUUUGCGAACCGCCAGCGAAAAAAGCAAAGAGAAAACCAGCGGCUCAAACUGGCGGAGCCACAGGUUUGACCCAGUUCCAGAGGAGGUGCAGUCAUUGCCAGGUUCAAAAAACUCCACAGUGGAGAACCGGUCCUCUCGGAGCUAAAACUCUUUGUAACGCUUGUGGGGUUCGUUAUAAGUCCGGCCGGCUUUUUCCAGAGUAUAGACCGGCUUGUAGCCCAACCUUUUCAGGCGAUAUUCACUCGAAUAGUCAUAGGAAAGUGUUAGAGAUUAGGAAGAAGAAGGAGUUAUCUGGACCGGCAUCUGGGUUGAGCCAGAUGGUUCCUAGUUUUUGAAGAUCUUUAGGUUCACGAGUAGGUUUAUGCGAACCGGUAAAUCAAACCUCCGGUUUAUUUGGUCUACAGUCGGGUUUGCAGUACGCAGGCUUUUGUAACGGAUUAUAGGCAGGCAGGGAAGUAGUGUUCUUAUUAUAGGGAGGUUCUAUUUCUAGUCUUUUAUUUUAACUCUUUUUUUUUUUUUCUAAUUUAACUUAAUGUUAUUUAGGUUUAUUUUUUGGUUUUA